AUGCAGGUUCCUCCGCCGCAGGACAACAUGAUGCGGCCUCAAGGCACUCUCCUCUCGCCCCAUCAUGGUGACGAGCGUCGACAGCACCAGUUGCAACCGACGCCGCCGCCCUUUGCUCAGAGUGUGCCGCGCACAGACCUGCAAAACCAGCAUAUGGCUCACAUCCCUGGCCAGCAGCAACAGCAACAGUUCCAGCCGCAGAUGCAGUCCCAUUUCCAGCCGCCAAUGACGCCACAGCAGCACAACAUGUCGCACCACCCACAUCCGUUCACGUUUCAGUCACCACCUUUUGCUUCAUCCGAUGUCAGCGGCCAACUGUCACAACCAUCCUUUUCGCCUUUAUCCCAGCCUCCUUCCGUUCCCUCGCAACAUGCUCCAUCCAUGCCGCCGUCUCACUCGCUGUCUCAGGCUGCGCUCGGUCUUGCGGGUCCUUCUUCUCACCAGUUCCCAGCCAGCUCGUCGUCGUUGCAAGAAGCCUUGCAACCGCAAGACUCAGGACAGCAGCUCGCCGACUCGAGACGUUCAUAUCUCACCACGUUCGAGGACCCAAUUGCGGAAGCCUACAUCGCUGGCCAGACGUUGGACGAGCCUUUCUACUCUGUUGCUCCGCCGGGAACCGUCUGGCCUACGGAUGGGUCCAUGCCGCUCGACCUGAAUUUGAUGGCACCGGUUUCGACGGAUCCGAAUGACCCUUCUCUCGGCUUCUCAGCAGAUCAAGCAGGCUACUUCGAUCCAUUCGUCUCGGACGUAAGCGGCCCGAAUGGUGGUGCGGACGACUUUGAUUCCGCUGCUGCCAUCUUGGAUGACGCCGGCUUCUCACGCUUCACCGAGGUCAAAUCGGAGCCCAAUGCCGAGGGUGCGGGCUCGACGCAAGAUGCUGCAGGGUCAACGUCGGUCCAAGAUGUCAACGGAGCCGGCGGGAGUCUGGGUGCAUCCGGCUCGGCCUCCGCUUCGCGGGAUGGCAUCCCACCACGUCGACGCACACGUCGGAGGCAGAACAUCAGUUGCGACCAGUGCCGUGCCUCGAAGCGAGGUUGCGACUUUCAGCUACGUCUCGAUGCUGAUGGGAACGACGUCUCCCACACCACUGCGGGUGCUUUAAUCGAGGAGGAGCAGGCUUCUUCGACCGGAAACACUGGUGACAAGCGCAAGAUGUCCGAUGCUGCGCCCAUGGAAGGAGGCAGUGCUUCAGUAAAUGGCGGCGUCAAUGGAAGUGGCAGCAUCAGCAGCGGUGCUAACGGAAACAAGCUGGUCUGCUCCAAUUGCCAACGACGAGGCAUCGAAUGCACCACCAACUUUGCCGAUUCCGUCCGAGAGAGCAAGCAAGCCACGCAGACUACCAAGGAAGAUGCCACCGGGCAAAGCAACAAGAAGCGCGCUCUUGAAGACGGCUCGUCCGAGUCUGGCCGACGCUCGAUCUCCAUCCCCAGCGAAGGCAGCAGCUCGCCCGAUGCACAGAACCAAGAGGCUCGAGAGCAGCUUCUCAAGGCUUGUCAGAACCGCAACGAGUCGCAAAUGUUGGCUACGACGGGCGCCAACGUUCGUUUUGCUCAACGAGCCGACUCUUUGCUCCUCACCACCAAUCGCAUGCGUCUCUACGUCCACACCGUCGAGCCCAAUGCCAAUCUGUGGCUCUCGAGAGCCUGUUCGCCGCUUCGGACGGAUGGCGAUCUCGGCGCCUACAUCAAGAGCGCCAUCGGCUUGGACGCGCUCGAUCUCUCGCAGAGGCUCUGGGCUUCAUGGCACGUGGAUGCACCGUCGGCGCAGAAAGAGCAUCAACCAAACCUCUUCUACCUCGUUUACGGCCUUGAUCACCUUGGCGGGGAAAUGGGUGUUUGGGGCGAGAAGCCCCAGCAGAAUCCACCUGCAUCGACGACGUCUCAACACCGCGGGCCCGGCACGGCUCAGGAGGCAUCCGCGCAGUUCAACGACAUUAUUUCCGACCUGAUGGGCAUGAACCCGGGCGGCUGGCGCAGGUCGAAGCGAGAUCUCAUGAUCGACGAAGCGGUCAAGGCGGCCAUGCUCGCUUACGCGUGCCAAUUCAGGUUGGACGACGAGAUGACGUCGGGCAACGCCGAUGCAGUCUCGAGGAAGGCAGCGGACGGCAAGAACUACCGCGAUGCACACGACCGUAUCGCCACUGCAGCGUGGAAGCGAGCUCGAUCGUUGAUCUUGCAGCUGGCGCCGCGUCGUUCCUGUCGCAUUGCAUACGGGUUGUUCUUGUUUGGUGUCACGGCUCCACCUCCCGGUGCUCUGGCUGAAGGAGGAUCUCGUUCGGGCGCAGAUGCUGCUGAGGAUGCGGCCUUCGCACUCGAGACGGCUUCGCGACAUCUCGAGUGGUUCGUCAAGCGAUGCCGUGACCUUGUCCGCACCGUGGAGAAGGCAUCGAAGAACCCUCUGCUGAGCGCAAACCCGCAGGUCAGCCAGCAACGACGCAUCGCUACGGAUCUCAUGGGAUUGGCCGAGUCGUUGGGUUGGUUCGGUCUGCUGAUCGACACGGUUACGCAUGUAUCUCAGGGUCGACGCUCUAGCAUGCGCGAAGACAAUCUGGUGUAUCAGUCUUCUGGAAUCGGAUCUGGCACCGAUCCUGGCGUCAAGCAUGGACCGGUUCCAUCGCCAGGCAGCGACACUGGCUCGUCCGAUCGCACAGCCGACGCGCUGUUCGCGAUGCAAGAUGCACUCAACCUUUUACCCUCGAGACAGGCUCCGCCGGGUGCGUUCCCGGGCACGUCCGAGACAUACAUGAACGAUGAUCCAGAGGACGAUGGCAGCUUCCCUGUUGAUACGGAGAUGUCGCGGAGGAUCAUGGAGCGGGCGGCAUGCGCUCGUGAUCUCAUUCCUGCGCUGUUGAGGAACCCUGGAGCGUUAGCCAAUGCCAUUCCGUUCGACGUUUUGAUCGGUGCCAACGAUCCGGAUGCUCCACGUGGGCCUGGCGGUGGUCCGAUCAUCAACAUCAACAACCCGGGCGGUGGGCUCAACGAACAGGUCGUCCUGCUCGGCGUCGCGUGGGGCACUGCUGUGGAAGUGUACAUCUGGCGACGCGUAGGCGUCCUGCACGCCGCUACCGAGAGGCUGUUGGGCAUGACCGAUCCGGUGCAGGCGAUGGUCGCCGGAGGUGGAAGCAUCGUGUCGGAGCGAAUCGAAAAGAUGGUGAUGAACGUGAUCGAGGCGAUCCGCUUGUUCCACAACAUCUUCGACCAUCUGAUCGCGAGAGCGCUGGACGAGUUCGUCCACUUGUCGAGGCAGGCGAGGACGAUGUUGUCUUUCUUUGUGAUUCACAUCCAUUUGGGGGUGUUGCAUUUCACGCAGUUGGCGAAGAGGAUCGAGCAGAAGGAGUUGGAGUUGAUACAGGCGUUCAAUGCUGCGCAUGGGCAGGCGGGGUCGCCAGCCAAGUCGACGCCGGGGUCGAGUGGUGCGGGUGCCGGGGUGAAUAUUUCGUUUUCGCCGAUGACGGUGAGUACUCCGCAGGAGGUGAAGGUGAAGGUGGCAUCGUCGGAGAACGGAUCUGUUGGUACGGCGGGGUCGAGCCAGGGAUCGCCUCCUUCGCAAACUGCGUCUGGGCAGCAACAACUUCGAUCGGUGAUGCUACUGUCCUCGGUCGAGCGCCGGUUGAUCGGUCGAUCCGCUGCACUGGGGAUGGCACGCAUGGCUUCGCUCAUCAACGCCGAAUCGGCCAAAUUCGAACACGCCACCAAGACCGGUCGUCUCUCCCCCGCCCAACCCACCAAAGACGGCAAGUCGCGCAAGGGGAGUUUCUACGCUCCGCCGCAGUCCGCGCAGGAUUUCACGCCCAUCGAAGAUUCUGCCAACGCCCCCUGGAGACACCCCUACCCAGCCAUGGUCGCCGACGUGUUGAAGCUCAGCAGCCAGCAGCUGCACGAUGAGAUCUGGGACCAGCUCAUCGCCGUGCCGAGGAAGGAGGACGAACUGGACCUGUUGAUGCGCAACUUCGACGUGUUGUUGGAAGGGAUGGGCAGGAUGUUGCAUGCAGUACCGGGGCUGGGCAGUUAUAAGGAGGUGUUGGAGAGUUUGGAGAAUGCGAGAGAUACGGCUAGGUUUGUCGCUAGUCAGAAUGCGUAG